UGCAGCUCGGUGGUGCGCGCGCCCCCCGGGCGCUGCUGGCGGUGGGUGACGGGAAGAAGCUCCCGCCGCCCGCCCGCGCAGCAGCCCGGCGCCAGAGGGAAGGGGCUUCAGGCCCACGCGGCCUCGCCGCGCAGGAAGGCAAGCAGAGGGCGCGGGCGCUGCCGAACGCGCGGGCCCCGCGCCCCCCAAACCUGCGCCGCGCGCCGUCUGCACCCCGCGUCCUGCAGGGAGGCGGGCCGUCCCCCGGUGCGCGCAGGCGCGUGCCGGGCUGGGCUCCGACCCGAGUUCGGCGCUGGGCGGCCACUGGCUGGCCUCGCAGGCCUACCUGGAUGGAGGGGCAUGCUGAAAUGGAGAUGCUGAGAACCCUGAAGGGGCCCUCUACAGGGGAGGUCAGCGUGCACCUGGUGGCCAGGGGCAGCCCAGGUUCUGGCCCUCACCUGCCCACUACUGCCUUCAUCAUUCCAGCCAGCUCUGCCACCCUUGGCCUGCCCAGCAGUUCCCUGGAUGUGCCCUGCUUUCCACGGGAGCCGAUCCAUGUGGGCGCCCCGCAGCGAGUGCCCGGCAGCGUACCUGUCAUGGCCACCGUUCUGCCGCAGUUGAGCGCAGGGCCGGCGGCCAGCUCCAGCGCCAGCACCGUGCGGCUUCUGGGGUGGACCGAGGCCGAGGCCCCGGCCCCGGCCCCGCCUCCUGGGGGCGGCCUACGGUGCCGGCUACCGGAGUACGCGCCUCGGAACAUGGUGGGAGCCGAGCAGCCCCCGAGCCCCGAGCUGCGUCGGGAAGGUGUGGCGGAGUACGAAGCCGGCCAGGCGCCGGCGGGAGGCGGCGAUGCGGGCCCCCAACAGCCGGCGGACCUCCCCCACGACCCUCCAGGAGACCCCCCGCAAGACCCCCCCGAGAAUGGUGCCACCUGUCAGUGCCAGGCGUGUGAGCCUCAGCCAGGCUCCCGUCCAGAUCCUGGCUCCUCCAGGGAUGGCUGCCCCCCGCUGUUUCAGGAGCGGUCAGUCAUAGUGGAGAACUCCUCGGGCCAGAAAUACUACACCAGCACUUCUGAGCUCCUCAAACCCGUGAAGAAGAGGAAGUACAGGGAGUACCACAGCCCAUCAGAGGAGUCGGAGCCAGACGCCGCGGAGAAGCGAGAAGAAAGGAAGGACCCAGAGGGACAGCCCACAGCUAGCAUCCCAGGAAGUGAGGAGUGGAACUGCAGCCAGCCUGCGUCGGGGGAGAAGAAGGAAGGCUGGUCCUGGGAGUCUUACCUUGAGGAGCAGAAGGCCGUCACCGCCCCGGUCAGCCUCUUCCAGGACUACCAGGCGGUCACUCAUAACAAGAACGGCUUCAGACUGGGCAUGAAGUUGGAAGGCAUCGACCCCCAGCACCCAUCCAUGUACUUCAUCCUCACCGUGGCCGAGGUGUGUGGCUAUCGUCUCCGACUGCAUUUUGAUGGGUAUUCUGAGUGCCACGACUUCUGGAUCAAUGCCAACUCCCCUGACAUCCACCCUGCUGGCUGGUUUGAGAAGACUGGGCACAAGCUGCAGCCCCCCAAAGGUUACAAGGAGGAGGAGUUCAGCUGGAGUCAGUACCUGCGCAGCACAAGGGCUCAGGCUGCCCCCAAGCACCUGUUCGUGAGCCAAAGCCACAGUCCCCCACCCCUGGGCUUCCAGGUGGGCAUGAAGCUGGAGGCUGUGGACCGUAUGAACCCGUCCCUCGUCUGUGUGGCCAGCGUGACCGACGUGGUGGACAGCCGCUUCCUGGUGCACUUUGACAACUGGGACGAUACUUACGACUACUGGUGUGAUCCCAGCAGCCCCUACAUCCACCCGGUUGGCUGGUGCCAGAAGCAAGGAAAGCCCCUCACACCUCCACAAGACUACCCAGACCCUGACAGCUUCUGUUGGGAGAAAUAUCUGGAGGAAACUGGGACCUCUGCUGUGCCCACCUGGGCCUUCAAGGUGCGACCCCCGCACGGCUUUCUUGUUAACAUGAAGCUGGAGGCCGUGGACCGCAGGAACCCAUCCCUGAUCCGUGUGGCCAGUGUGGAGGAUGUGGAGGACCAUCGGAUAAAGCUCCACUUUGAUGGCUGGAGUCAUGCCUUUGACUUCUGGAUUGAUGCCGACCACCCGGACAUCCACCCCGCCGGCUGGUGCUCCAAGACAGGGCAUCCCCUGCAGCCUCCUCUCCAUCCCAGAGAGCUCGGCUCUGCCUCCCCUGAGGGCUGUUCCCCCCUCAGCUACCGGGGCCUGCCGCACACGAGGACCUCCAAGUACAGCUUCCACCAGCGGAAGUGCCCCACGCCUGGUUGUGAUGGGUCCGGCCACAUCACAGGCAAGUUCACAGCUCACCAUUGCCUCUCGGGGUGCCCCCUGGCUGAGAGAAACCAGAACCGGCUGAAAGUGGAGCUGUCCGACUCAGAGGCCUCGGCCCGUAAGAGGAACCUCUCGGGCUUCUCCCUAAGGAAGAAGCCUCGCCAUCAUGGCCGGUGCGGAGGGCAAGGGUGCAGGGCCUCUUGUCCUCUUGGGCAAGGCCAGGCACUGAUUCCCUGCCAUGGACCUGGUCCCUCUCUCUCCAGGACUGGGCGCCCUCCAAAGUACCAGAAGAUUACACAAGAAGAGUUCGCGACACUAACGACCGAUGUCAUCCACCAGUCCUUCUUCAUGUCAUCCCUGUCGGCCCACCCUGACCGGUCCCUCGCAGUGUGCUGGGAGCAGCACUGCAAGCUCCUGCCGGGAGUGGCGGGCAUCUCGGCCUCGACAGUGGCCAAGUGGACCAUCGAUGAGGUCUUCGGCUUCGUUCAGACCCUGACAGGUUGUGAGGACCAAGCACGACUCUUCAAAGAUGAGAUGAUUGAUGGCGAGGCCUUCCUUUUGCUGACACAGGCGGACAUUGUGAAGAUCAUGAGUGUCAAGCUGGGUCCAGCCUUGAAGAUCUAUAACGCCAUUCUCAUGUUCAAAAACGCCGAUGACACCUUAAAGUGACUGGCUCAGGGCUGGGCCCUCCUCCAACCCCAGCCGGGCCUCCCUCUGCACCUGAUGCUUCCUUCCUGGCCUGAGUUCCUCAUAUCCCACCUGUGCCCCCACUAUGCGCUGCAUCUGGCCAGGGGUGGUUGCUCUUCUCUCCAGGGCUGCUUCCUACAAGGUACAUGGGCGCAGAGGAGCCCCGGGAGGAUGGAGCCUUAGCCCCCAAGUCCUGGAACUCAUCUGCCACCAGGCAUACCAGUGAGGGUGUGACAUUGCUGGGGGAGCAUUACUGAUGGAGUGGCUUGGGGGUACCCUGCCUGUGGCAGCCCACUUCUCUAGCCAACUUGUUUUGUCACCACAGGGUCUUGUUGUUUGCAAUUAAGGACAGUCUGGUGGAGCGAGAGGCCCUUUUUGGCAUCUCUCUGUGCUUUUCUUUCCUUGUCUCCUUUCCUCCUACCAAGAAGUGACCCUGCCACAAACAUAUUUACUCAAAAGGCACCUCCCCCCUGUCUUUUGGUUUUGCCGCUCUCAUUCUGCUGCUCAGUUUUCUGGUCAGUGCCCCCACCCUGGCACAGCCAGACCUCACUGGUUCCUCCCUUUAAGUGGGUGUGCCUCAGACACAUGUUUUCAUAGGAUCCAAUGGGAGUCUGGGCUGCCGUUCUCCAUUUUACCCAGAAGUGAGGGAUUCUGAGCCAAAAUGCCUUCUUGAACGUGUCCAGCUCUGGACCACUUGGCAUUCUUAGUGUUCCACGCCUAGACCUGUUUCCAGCAGAGCGGGUAGUCAGAGCAUUUCACCUCUGCAGCAGGGGUUAAGGUUCCAUGGGUGUUCCCCAUACACUCUCAGUGUGUCAGGUAUGGGAGGAGGCAGCCUGAAUGGCUAGUGGCCAAGGUCAGCCCAAGAGUACGUCAGACAAUCUUUGGUCAGAGGGGCAGCUCCACCAGGUAUUGUGGCUCCCAAAGCUGGAAGCCUUGGGUCUCAGCCAAGCUGUUGCCCAUGGCGGGAGUCAGGGGACCAUGCGUGCCAGGCCUCCUGUCAUGGGCAUGUAGCACUCUCUCUAGUACACACACACACCCCCUGUCACAUCGCUUCAACCUGUCCCUCACAUGCCCUGCUCUUGGGUUUUACAAAGAGGACUUGAAGUUGGGAGUUGGGAAAGUGAAUUCUAUCUUUGAGCUCUCUGAGUCCCUUAAGCCUUUCUUACCCCUCUCCAUCAGUGUUGCAGUGGGGGGCCUGCUGGGACUCUGGGACUUUGGCCUUUCUGUCCAAGUGGGGGCCUAGCCUCCACUGAGCCACUGCCAAACCUGAAGCCUGGGAGCAGGCCCCACAGGGAAAUGGGGAGCAGGGCUGAGCUGGGUUUCCCCAGACUGCUCUGCCAGCCAUGGGAGGUGUGUGUGUGUGUGUGUGUGUGUGUGUGUGUAGGCACUCUCAGAAGUGUUGGACAGGGUGAUGUGAGGCUCAGUGUUGGGAAAAUGUCAAGGGCUAUUCCUGUUACAAUAUGAAGCUUUAUCUUUCCCAUGGAAGAGAGAAGCCCAAAGUUCAGGUCAUUUCCUGUCCCUGCCCAGGAGGGGACCCUCUCACAAGGGACCAGACAGCUUUGCUCGGGCAGCCAUUCAGCCCCCACAGGACUGACAUGCUCCUUCCCUUCCAGCCCUAAGAGGCAGCCCUGACCACGACCUCCCAGGGGGGAAAACAGGCAGGCCCGAGGGUUGGGUUUACAGAGGUCGCAUUGGUGUCCCCAUUGGCCAAGAGCCUCUCUAUCUUGGUUGCUUGAGUGGUGGCAAAACUCACCAGUUCCUUGGCCUUCGCCUAUGAGACUGUGAGAUGCUCACUGGCUUUGUGGUGAGGAGAAGGCAGCAAGUACACACAGUUGAGUGGGGCUGGGAUGGCUUUGCCAUGUGGAUUUACUAACCACGCUCUUAAUACCUGCCUACCAGAAAGGCAGGAUGGGCCAAGGGCCUCGAGGAAAAGGGCCCCCAGGCCUCCGAACUUUGAGGCCUCAGCACUUUCUGCACCAAUGUCCAACUCUUUGGAAAGAAACCAAAUCACAAAAAAGGAGAAAGAAAUCUGCCUCCUGUCCACCCUACUACCUCCCUUUCCCACCCAUCCUGACCCCAAAUGAGAUCAUCGCACCUUGACCUGGGAGGGCAGUAAGGGGAGGGAGUUGGCACCGGUGCCCAGUGCCAUGUGACCUCUGCCCGGCUCUCCAGCAGAGGCACCACUUACACUUUGGCCCGGCAGCCUCGCCCAGCUCUGGCCUAGGCCAGGGAGGACCUUUCUGUUUGGCUUCUGAAACAGAAAGAAUGGUCCCAGAAUUUGAAAAUGAAACUUGUUUGCACUUUCAUUCACAUGCACUUUGGUGGAGUUAGGUUUUUGUAUUUGCUGUGUGUGUGUGUGUGUGUGCGCACGCGUGUUCGUGUGCAUGUGUGCACACAUGUGUGUGUUCUUUAAGAGAAUCUUCUGGCUUAAGAUAAAGUGACUCUUGACUCAUGAGGGAGGAAAAAGUUAUAAAAAAAUGUGGUGUGCUUCAUCCAUUUAUUGAAACAAAUAAACUUGAACAACUGAAGGAUAUGCACUCAGAAUUUGUUCUAUUUUCAUGGUGAAAUACCCAGAAGACAGAAAGAGAAUAUCAAUAAUACUCUGUAAUUACUGCAGAGAAUAAAGCAUUGUCU